UAGAGAACUAUGAGAGGGUAAUCUGUACUCCAUAAUGGCAUUAAGGUUCCACUGUCCACGAACAGACUUUACAAAUGAUGAUGGAUAUCCCCUUCUUAAUUAAGAUACCUGAAAAAGGUCAACUACUCGCCAAACGGAGAUAGACUACAUACCAGAGAGAACAAAAAGCAAACAACCGCCGGGAAACCACAAAGACUUUGUUCUCAGUUAAAAAUAGUAUAGAAAGACAACUUAUAAAUAAAAUAAACUAAGACUUUGUAGGAAUUAUACCCUAUCGUUAUCUUCCUACAGAGCUACCUGAUGAGUUGACCUACUGCCCGGUGUGUAUACAACCUACAGCCAUGCCUUCGUCUCUAGGAAAACAAGUCGAAGAUGAAAUCAAACCAGGCCAGACUUUCUCAUCACCACUCAGAAGAAACACGCCCAGACCUCGGUAUCCUAUCAGACUGGAUGACCUUAGCCGUGAUGAUAUCCAUGCGCUGACCAAAAUCCUCCAUAUAGACAACACCAGCGCAGCCGCACCCUCUGUCGACAACAGAAUCCAAAAACUCAUUGAUGCCCUCCCUGCUCAUCUCAGGAGCUCAUUCCUCCUCCGCCUAGUUCCAAACUCCAUCCUCUGCCAUGCGGCAGUCUGUCCCUUACACAACGGUAUGAAUAGACAUAUCAUCCACCAUGUCUGGAUGCUGAUCAAGCGCGAAGUCACUUUCCACCUAGACAUCAUGUACGCAUACCCGCAUGUGGUUGGGCUGGAAGAGAAAGCGAUCCUGCGCAAUCUUCGUGCGGUAUCAGGGAUGUGGACACCAUCCUCAAGUGAGGACUCACCACUGGGAGCGUGGGAUUUUCAGACAAAUCGAUGCGAGGCAUGUAUGCUGGCGCGGAUCGGAGCGAGGCCUACAAUCCUUCGCAAUAUGCGUAUUGUGCUAUUGAGUCGGAGUCAAAUGAGAAAGGCGAUGAGGGCGCCGAGCUUGAUACCGUGGGUGGAUGCGUGGAUUGCGCAGUAUGGAGAACUGAGUACGGAGAUGUUUUUUAGGAGUGGCGAGAAGGCGUUUGCGAUGAAAAGGGCGAUGAAUGCGGCUGUUCUGGCGAGAUAUGAGGAGAGGAAACUGCGGAGGAAGAAAGAUAAUACUUUCUCCGUGGAUGACGUUGCGUAUGUCGAUGGCGCGUCUCAUAUGAAGAUGACCCGGGUGGUCAAGCAGGGAAAUAAUAUGGGCGGAGACAUGUGCUUUCCGGAUUGGCAAUUUGAGACCCUCGAGGAUGAGAUCGACAGCAUCGUUGAGUUGUAUGCAAGCUUGCCAUCAGGCAGCGAACCGGCAUCUGGACAACCAUCGAUGCCUCUGCAACAUGAAUCGCCAUCCCCCAGGAAGGACGGCCAGGAUAGGCAAUCCAGCGGUCCACAUAUCAACCUUGUUGAAAAGCCAUGGGAUGUUUGUUUGGAUACUACACAUAUCGAUCCACCACAGCAGAAAGUUCCCAAGAGAGCCUCGCUAGAUAUCCCACGUAGCAGUUCAAGAUCAUCCACGGCUGCCGAACGAGAGAGCAAGAAUGACUUCACUUCCGAAUACAGCCAGGGGUCGUGGGAAACUGCGUCAAUCUCAUCUGACGGCACCUCUCGAACGACGUGGACUUCUUGUUACGGGGACAAAUAGAUAGGACGCAGAUUGAAGUUCAAACAUUGAUAUUAUGGCAGAACCACUCUUUGAUAAUUAGUUAUUAUGUACUCUGCACGGGGCAUCCUUGCCCCUUCAUAGUAAGACUGCAAAAUAUACAGUUGCAUAUGUAAAAUGUUGUCGAAUUCUAUUUGCAAACGAGCAGUCUGCCACAAUCGAAACGCGUCCCGUCCUUAACACCAAGAACCUAUACCUCUGUGCAAAUAACCCAGAC